UUGUACUUAUCUGUUUGUUUUUGAGCCUUUACAAGUUUAUUUGUAAGCUUUAAAAAAAGACACUUUUUAAAAAUGAAAGCUGAGAUUUUCACAUCAUAGGAUUGCAGAGCUGGAAGGAACCUCAUAUCAUGAAGAUUCAGCCCCCUGCAUUGGGGGUAAGACCAAGGAAACCUAGAGCAUCCAACUUAUUUUUAAACGUUUCCAAAAAUGGGGACUCCAUGGUCUCCCUUGUAAGCCAUAUUCCAAAGCUUAACUACCCUUCUAGUUAGGAAAAACUUUGAUACAUAGCCUAAAUUUCUUUUGCUGCAGCUAUUCUAUUACAAGAAGUCUAUUACUUCUGGUCAUCUUCAAUGGACAUGGAGAACAAUUGAUCCCUGUCCUCUUUAUAACAAGCCCUUAACAUCAAAGACUAUUAGCAGGUCACACUUCAGUCUCUUCUCAAGAUUAAACAUACCCAGUUUUUUCAACUUUGCGUCAUACAUCAAGUUUCCGAAACCUUUUAGCAUCAUUUUUGUUGCUCUCUUCUGUGCUCUUUCCAAUUUGUCCACAUCCUUCCUGGAUUGUGGGGCCCAGAACUGGACUUAUUACUCCAGCUUGAGUGUUACAGUGCCAAGCAGAACAGGCUCUUUAUCUCUUGUGUCCUACAUACAACCCUCCUCCUGUUAACAUACUUCAUAGUCUCCUCAUUCUGCAGCUGCAGCACAUUGACGCUCAUAUUCAGUUCAUUGUCCCCUCCAUCCUUUUCAGCUGUACUACCACUAGACGGUUGUUCCCCAUUUCCUAGACAUGCAUUUGAUUUGUCUUUGGGAACGUGUCUGCGGGAGCUGGGACUGGAUGGCACACGAGGCUUGUUAGAAAAACCACAGGCUGGCAAGGUCAGAAACAGAAGCUAACCCCGGCUGGCUGGGGCCGGGCUCAGAGCACUCACUGCUGUCCAGGUGUAACACCUUUGGUUGCUUACUGUGAUGUGGCCUCCCCCAGCUCUGGCGAGCUGCACGGACAGGUAAAGGGGGAGGUGCUGAACCAAUCUCCGCCGAGAGUCAGCGAACGAGACCGUAAUGGAAACCACUUCAACCCCCUCCCUGCGCAGGUUGGAAUCGUUCCCUAGCAACGCAGCGCUCCGCCUGCCGGACGCCAGUAACGGACUCUGUAAGCUCGAGCUGCUGCCAUCUCUCGGCUGUUCCUAGGACUGCGCACUUCCCCCAACUAUGCCGAGGGCCUAGCCUACGUAGCCUCUCGCGGCUGUUCCUGCCACUCCCCCUCUCCCUCUUCCCCUUCCUGCUUCUCGCGAGACUGUUAGUGGCGCUCGGGACAAAUUUGAAGCUAACGGCGGCGCGAGACGAGCUGUUGCAGGGCGCGAGAGCUGGAGCGCUGCACCCCGGCUCAGCGACGUGCUCGUAUCUCCCCAGCAAUGGGAGCGGAGAAGAAGCUGCUGCAGAUCAAAGAUGCAUUCGAGAUGGCUCAGAAACCUCACCAGAACCAUGCCAAGCUCGUGGCAGGUUUGAAGCGGACCUACAAUCAGCUGAAGGAUAAGAUGAUUUUUCAUGAGGAGUUUGUUCAUUACCUUAAGUAUCCUAUGAUAAUCUACAAACGUGAACCAGCAGUGGAACAAGUGAUAAAUUUUGCAGCUAAGUUUGUUACUUCAUUUCAUUUGCUGGAGAAAGAAGAUGAUACCGAGGAAGAAGAGGAAAACUCACUUCUGAGUUAUUUGUUUAAUUUUUUGUUUAAGUCUCACAGUGCGAACAGCCAUGCUGUUAGAUUUCGAGUUUGCCAGCUUGUUAAUAAGCUUUUGGGAAGUAUGCCAGAGAAUGCCCAGAUUGAUGAUGAUCUCUUUGAUAAAAUUAACGAAGCUAUGCUAAUUAGACUAAAGGAUAAGAUUCCAAAUGUGAGAAUCCAAGCUGUACUGGCGUUGGCUAGACUUCAGGAUCCCAGUAAUGGGAACUGUCCCGUGGUUAAUGUUUACAACGCUUUGCUUGAAAAUGAUUCAAAUUCAGAAGUGAGGCGUGCAGUGUUGUCAUGUAUUGCCCCAUCAGCUAAAACUUUGCCAAAAAUUGUAGGCCGCACUAUGGAUGUUAAAGAGGCUGUCAGGAAACUGGCGUAUGAGGUUCUGGCAGAAAAAGUUCACAUGAGAGCUUUGUCCAUAGCUCAGAGAGUAAAACUUUUGCAGCAAGGACUUAAUGACAGAUCUGAUGCUGUUAAGGAGGUAGUGCAGAAGAAACUUCUUCAAGCCUGGUUACGGUUGACCGAGGGGGAUGUUUUAGAAUUGCUUCAUCGGUUGGAUGUAGAAAACUGCCCUGAAGUGGCUGCCCUCGUGCUUAAUGCAAUGUUUUCGAUAUCUCCACUUAAUGACUUAGUUCAAAACUGCAAAAACCUUGAUAACAGAAAAUUGAUUCCACUGGAAGAUCUAACGGCUGAAAGCGCUUUAUAUUGGCGAUCCCUUUGCGAGUAUCUAAACUCAAAAGGGGAAGAAGGUGAAGCUUUUAUGGAGAAGAUUUUGCCAGAACCUGCCAUAUAUGCUGAUUAUCUGUUAAGUUACCUUCAGAACAUGCCAGUUCUGAGUGAGGAACAAAGGGAAGAUUUUUCCUGCAUUGAAAACUUGAUGACAAAAGAAUUUAUAGGUCAGCAGUUGAUUCUUAUUGUUGGCUGCAUGGAUACCAGUGAAGAGGGAGGAAGGAAGCGUCUACUGGCUGUCUUGCAGGAGAUUCUUAUUCUACCCACUACUUCAACAUCACUUGUAUCUUCACUUGUGGAGCGAUUGCUCAGCAUGAUUAAGGAUGAUGACCAGAGAAUUCAGACUGUUGCAGAAAUUAUCUCAGAGGUCCGUGAGCCCAUUGUUUCAGUUGACACUCCUGUAGAUGCAGCUGCAAUAAGAAAGCAACAACUUAAGCUGGCUGAAAUAAAAGUGAAACUUCUGGAAACAAAAGAGGCUUUGGAGGAAUGUAUUACUCUGCAGGAUUUUAAUCGUGCAUUGGUAUUAAAAGAGAAAAUAACAGAGCUGGAAUGCAUCAAGAGUGAUCUGAUAAAAGAAGCAGAACAGCCUGAAAUCAAAGAAAUGCGUGUGGAGAAGAAUGAUCCAGAAACACUACUGAAGUGUUUACUGAUAUGUUUCGAACUCCUCAAGCAGAUGUCCUUUUCUAAAGGAAUAGGCCCAACCAUGAAUGGGAUCAUUGAGUCGUUGAUACUUCCUGGAGUAACUAAUAUUCACCCAGCUGUACGAAAUAUGGCCGUUUUGUGUUUGGGUUGCUGUGCCCUGCAGAACAAAGACUUUGCCAGUCAACACCUUGCAUUGUUGUUACAGGUUUUACAAAUUGAUGACAUUAAGGUGAAGUUAAGUGCUUUAAAGGCAAUCUUUGACCAGCUGAUGAUGUUUGGGAUAGAAACAUUCAAAACAAAAAGAGUCAGUGAUUCUCACAGUGAAAAAAUAGAGAUUAGAAGCAGAGAUUGUGAAGAAGAGGAGACUAAAAUAAAAGAUUUGGAAGACGAGACUGCCACUGUUCACAACCUUCUGCACCUCCUUUCUAGUUUCUUAGACAGUGAGUAUUCUGAACUCAGGACAGAAGCUGCAGAGGGUCUGGCCAAGUUGAUGUUCUCUGGGAGGUUAAUUAGUGCCAAACUUCUUUCUCGUCUUGUUUUGUUGUGGUAUAAUCCAGUAACAGAAGAGGAUACUCGACUUAGACAUUGUCUGGGAGUUUUCUUCCCUUUAUUUGCUUAUGCAAAUAGGACUAAUCAGGAAUGUUUUGAGGAAGCUUACCUUCCAACUCUGCGAACGCUGUUUAAUGCUCCUGCAUCUUCACCUUUGGCUGAAGUAGAUAUUGCUAAUGUUUCUGAACUGUUAGUGGACCUGACAAGACCAAGUGGAUUGAAUCCUCAAGCCAAAAAGUCACAGGAUUACCAAGAUUUGACAGUUCAUGAUAGCUUAUCUAUGAAAAUUUGCAAUGAGAUCUUGAUGGAUCCAACUGCACCAGAUGUUCGUAUUUAUGCAAAAGCUUUGACUUCAUUAGAACUCAGUAAAGAUUUCAUAAAAGAUCUUCUGGUUAUACUUGAAGAGAUUCUUGAGGAAGUGAAAGAUAGGUUGUGUCAAAGAAUGAUUGAGAAACUCAAGAUAAAUUUAAGCAAAGGAAAUGAUAUACACAAAGAUCACUCUGAAGUAGAACAGGAAACUGGCACCAUGAUAUCUGAGCAAGUUAAUCCAAAUGAGGAAGAAAAAAAUAAAGAAGCUGAUCAAACUCCUGUUAAUGAACAGAAAGAUAAAACCACUACAAAGCUGAAAUCAACAAGAAAUAAAGCUAAUAGAGGGCAGGGAAAAGUAAAUCCAGGUGCUAAGUCUGUGAACAGAAGAAGAAAUCGUAAAAUGGUUGAGUCUGACAAUGAAAGUGGUGAUGAAGUUCCAGAACCAGUUACGUUGCCAAGUUCAAGACCUCCAAGACGAGCAAAAACAAGUGCACUUGAGAAAACGCGAAUGAAUCUCUCAAAGCUUCUGAAUAAAGAAGCAGAUGAAUGAAGGUGAAAGACAGAGUGAAGUGUUCUUUAUGAAAGCCAGCUCUUCCCAAUAAACUUACAAAAAUAAGCUUUCUUUUUACUGUCAAUUCUAUUUUUUUAAAUCUUUCUAUAAUUGUUGUAAAAACACAAAAUUCCCAGAAACUUUGCAGUAUUUUAAAUUGGUGUUAAUUUUGAUAAUCACUUCCUAGUUACAUGCAUAUUUUCAGUUCUAAAACUUGAUUUGUGGCUUUUAGUCUUCUUGAUUGAGCAUUUGAACACAACAGCACUUUCCAUGUGAAGAUUUAAGUCUUACUAGCAGUAUUGAGACUGUUAAAUCUGGUUGCUGUUUUUUGUGUUAAUUUACAAUUAGUAGUGUGUAGCAUGGUGUGCAUGUCCUUAAAGGCAAUACAUUUUAAUGUACUUUUUUCUCAUUAUUGGCUUGUCAGAAUUGCUAAUGUGAGGUGGUGAUGGGGACCUGGUUGCUUUGUUUUCUGUUUUAAAGUGUACAAGAGAUCUUAAGUGUGGUCAGGAACUGAGCAGCAGUUUGUGUCUACAGGUAUAUCCAAUACUGAAACUGAAAAUAUGUAAUGUUAACUCUAAGAAUGAAAGCAACAUUUUGACCAUGUUUAUACUCUUUUGUAUAAAAUCCAAUAUUGGUUUCAAAGACGCAUCAAAAUCAUAAAUUAUUUGUAUUGUUUAGCAGCUUGGAGCCCUAACUGUGGAUGAAGACAUCAUUGUGCUAGGUGCUGCGAAAACAGAAAAGAGUAUGAUAGGAAUAAGAGCUAAUAGGGAAGGAGUAAAAGGCAGCCAAAAUACUUUGAAAUCAGGUAAUGGCAUCCUCUUCAAAGCUAUCAGUUGCACCUCUUCAGGUGGUUUUAUAUGGAAAACUGGUUUAUGUGCAUAAAUGUAUGUCUGUGUAUUAAAGCAACGUUCAUAA